GGCUUUUUCGCCCGGUGAUUGAUGUCCCAGAGUCAACAGCUAGCGAGCAGCCUGAGUGGUGAAGGAGCAGCCAGAGAAGGGUAGAAUACGGCGCCCCCUCUCUGCUUCCCCUCCCCCCUACUUUAGCCCUUCUGCGCACUUCGCCUCCAAGUCUCCACGCAGCUAGGAGCCGCGCUGCCGCCUUCGCGCCCCGGUGCGCUGCCCCCAGAGCCAAGAACAGCGAGCGCCGCCGCCCAGGCCCCCCGCCCCGCGGGGCCGGGGCCGGGGCCGGGGGCCAGCAUGGAGCACCUGGGUCCGCACCAUCUCCACCCGGGCCACGCGGAGCCCAUCAGCUUCGGUAUCGACCAGAUCCUCAACAGCCCGGACCAAGGCGGCUGCAUGGGGCCCAACUCACGCCUCCAGGACGGAGAAUACGGCCUUGGCUGUUUGGUCGGAGGCGCCUACGCUUACGGCGGCGGGGGACCAGUGGCCGGGGCCGGGGCAGGCGGCGCGGGGGCCUACGGCGCUGGUGGCCCGAGCGGUCCUGGUGGCCCGGCGGGAGGCGGCGGUAGCGCCUGCAGUAUGGCCCCGCUGGCUGGCUCCUACAACGUGAACAUGGCCUUGGCGGGCGGCCCCGGUCCCGGCGGCGGCGGCGGAGGCAGCGGCGGCGGAGGGGCUCUGAGCGCUGCGGGGGUGAUCCGAGUGCCCGCGCACAGGCCGCUAGCGGGAGCGGUGGCCCACCCCCAGCCUCUGGCUACCGGCUUGCCCACCGUGCCCUCCGUGCCUGCUGUGCCGGGAGUCAACAACCUCACCGGCCUUACCUUCCCCUGGAUGGAAAGUAACCGCAGAUACACAAAGGACAGAUUCACAGUGGCCCUCUCACCCUUCACUGUAACACGCCGUAUAGGUCACCCCUAUCAGAACCGGACACCCCCCAAGAAGAAGAAGCCGCGCACGUCCUUCACACGCCUGCAGAUCUGCGAGCUGGAGAAGCGCUUCCACCGCCAGAAGUACCUGGCCUCAGCCGAACGCGCCGCCCUGGCCAAGGCGCUCAAAAUGACUGACGCGCAGGUCAAAACCUGGUUCCAGAACCGGCGGACGAAGUGGAGGCGGCAGACGGCGGAGGAGCGUGAAGCCGAGAGGCAGCAGGCGAACCGCAUCCUCCUGCAGCUGCAGCAAGAGGCCUUCCAGAAGAGCCUGGCACAGCCGCUGCCCGCCGACCCGCUCUGCGUGCACAAUUCUUCACUCUUCGCCCUGCAGAACCUGCAGCCAUGGUCUGACGACUCCACCAAGAUCACCAGCGUCACGUCGGUGGCGUCGGCCUGCGAGUGAGCCUGCCCACCGCGAGAGGCCCGGGGCCCAGCCUAGG